CCAUUAGAUCAACGACAGCGCGACUCUGUGAGUAGCGCUACGGCCUUUUCGUGACUAAAAUGUCCACAUGUACCACACUCUAAUUUUUUGUUAAAAACCCGCAUAAUUGUAUUGACUCUACGUUUGUUUUGGGGGAGAUUUUGCAAGUAACUUCCGGCUUUCCACAAAGACGCCGCCAUGCCGCCCGGGCCUGUUCAAAUAGUUCAACCAGAGCCGAACAACAAGAAUGACACAGCAACCCCAGAAGAAACCCCAGCCACCAAGCCCAUCGUCGGCAUCAUAUACCCACCACCGGAGGUCCGCAACAUAGUUGACAAGACCGCCAGCUUUGUUGCCAGAAAUGGACCCGAGUUUGAGGCGAGAAUUCGUCAAAAUGAAAUCAACAAUCCGAAAUUCAAUUUCCUCAAUCCCAACGACCCCUACCAUGCCUACUACCGCCACAAGGUCAAUGAAUUUAAGGAGGGCAAAGCGCAGGAACCGUCCGCGGCCGUGCCUAAGGUCAUGCAGCAGUUCCAGCAGCUGCCUCAAAAGGUGCAGUCGCAGGUCAUCCAGGAGACGGUCAUUCCUAAAGAGCCUCCAGCCGAGUUCGAGUUCAUCGCCGAUCCUCCGUCAAUUUCCGCCUUCGACCUGGACGUUGUCAAACUCACUGCUCAGUUCGUCGCUCGCAACGGCCGACAGUUUCUCACUCAGCUAAUGCAGAAAGAGCAGCGGAACUACCAGUUUGACUUUCUGAGGCCGCAGCACAGCCUUUUCAACUACUUCACCAAACUGGUGGAACAGUACACUAAGAUACUCAUUCCUCCCAAAGGCCUUUUGGUCAAGCUGAAGAAUGAGUCGGAGAAUCCAAAAGAGGUCAUGGACCAGGUACGAUACCGAGUGGAAUGGGCAAAGUACCAGGAGCGUGAACGAAAGAAGGAAGAGGAGGAACGAGAGAAGGAGAGGGUGGCCUACGCUCAGAUUGACUGGCACGAUUUUGUCGUCGUGGAAACUGUGGACUUCCAGCCCAACGAACAAGGUCACUUCCCGCCACCAACCACACCAGAGGAGCUCGGCGCUCGUAUCCUGAUCCAGGAGCGCUACGAAAAGUACGGCGAGAGUGAAGAGGUGGAGAUGGAGGUUGAGAGUGAAGACGAAGAGGACGAGAGAGAGCGCCGGGACAAUGGCCAGCCCUCGCAGCCCGACCAGGACACUCAGGUUCAGGACAUGGAUGAGGGAUCCGAUGAUGAGGACAUGGGCAUCAAAGCUCCUCUGCCGCCUGACAACCCGAUGCCACCUCCCCUGCCUCCAUCUCCAGACCAGGUCAUCAUUCGCAAGGACUACGACCCCAAAGCUUCUAGACCCCCGCCUUCAGUGGCAGUUUCCGACGAGUACCUCAUCUCACCCAUCACCGGCGAGAAGAUCCCAGCCAGUAAGAUGCAGGGGAUGCCCCGCCCACCGAUGACCCCGAUGCCGCCACCAGUGCGCACCACUCUCCUGUCUGCUGUCCCUGUGAUUCCACGGCCGCCCGUGGCCCCCGUCGUCCGCCUCGCACCGGGACAGGUCUUGGCGCAGGUGCCCCCCAUGAUCUCCGCCCCGCGCAUCAACGUGGUUCCCAUGCCGCCGACGGCACCGCAUAUCAUGGCGCCGAGACCUCCGCCCAUGGUUGUUCCAGCUGCGUUUGUCCCAGCGCCACCAGUACCUCAGCCACCCAGUGCUCCGGCGCCACCUGCCCACCCACCUCCACCUCAUGACGACGAGCCAGUCAACAAGAAGAUGAAGACAGAAGACAACCUGGUGUCAGAGGAGGAGUUCCUGCGUAGGAAUAAGGGUCCUGUGGCGGUUAAAGUGCAGGUUCCCAACAUGCAGGACAAGACGGAAUGGAAGCUAAGCGGCCAGGUUCUGAAUUUUACCGUCCUGCUCACCGACCAGGUGUCUGUUAUUAAAGUCAAAAUCCACGAAGCCACAGGGAUGCCAGCUGGAAAACAGAAGUUACAGUAUGAGGGAAUUUUCAUCAAAGAUUCCAACUCCCUGGCUUAUUACAACAUGAACAACGGUUCAGUCAUCCACCUGGCCCUGAAGGAGAGAGGAGGAAGGAGGAAGUGAGACGAACAGCGAGACAAGGAACAAAAAAAGAACUGCUUCUCCUGCUGGUGGAUUUUAUCGCUUAUUACUACGUUAGUACGACCGUUGUCGAUUGCAUUUAGCUUCACGGCUGUUUAUCAUCUAUUACAUGUUUAGCCUGUUUCCUCAAGCUGCUAAUAGAACCGCAUGCUCACGGAAAAGUAUGUUGACGACAAACUUGAAUUUGUUGAAGGUUGAGAAAUUGACUAUCGACACGUUAUUAAAAUAGUUUCAAUUAAAAAAAUAUAUGAUUUUUUAUGACUUCCAUGUAUAGACCUGAAGAUGGCGCAGUUGAUGCUGAAAUGUUAUUGGUCGUGAUCCAUUAAGAGGCUAAGGUUUAUCUUUGACAUGAUUGGGGCGGAGUUGGACAUGAAUUCAUCAGUUUCUACGUUUGUUUAUGUUACGUUAAUUAAAUAAAGUUUGUAGUAAAAUUAAAACUGUUUUUACCUUAAAUCUGA